GCGUGCGCUACAGGGAACAGCACGAGCCAUUCCCCGGAAGGGCAGAAGAAUGGGCUUGCAGUUGCAAGGAGCGCACUGUGUUCCUUCCAUGGUAACCCCUGUUUACAGGCACAGUUCUCCUCGAAGGCCUCUCGGUAUCCCUUCUCUGUGCUUGGCUUGCAGCGUCAAACCCAGUUCCGACCAUCUCCGAUCUCAGCUUCACCAGCUCCGCUCCGAAGCCAACACCGCCAGAGACGACGGUAUUCGUGUUUUUUUGCUUCAUUUCUGAGUUCCUUCUCUCUUCAUUUCCUAGUUGAUGUCGUAGUACGGCUGCCAUGUUGUAGUUAUGAUCCGAGUUCUCUAUCAGGUACUUUGUUUGCUAAGGUAUGUCGAUGUUGAAAAUGCUUCGAGGAGAUACUGUAACCAUGGGUUAAGGAGGAAUAGGGUGGGGACGGAAGCAGAAUGGUGUAUUGGUAUUUGGUUCUUUUAAGUGCAGUCACAGAUUGGACUUAAGGGUUUGCCUGAAGCUUCAUUUCUUCAACUAGGGCCUACUUCCCCACAGAACUCUAUGCUUUGCUUGCCAUUCCUAGCAUAUAAUUUAUCUUUUUAUUUAUUUAUUUAUUAUCUGCCUCAAAUUUUGGGGUCUCGCCUCUGUUUGUUGAACGAUGGUGUGAUUGGAAUUAUGAGGUUUAAGGUGGGGAUGUUGGUUUGCCCCGGUGUCAAUGGUUUUUUAAGUUCUAGUUGGUCAUAAAUUGCAUUUGAACAUCUGGUUAGCAUUUUUGUGCGCCUUUUUUACAAUGUACCCUUCAAGUAAGGUAAUCUGUAGCAUAUUAUUCCUUAAGAACAAUAAUCUGACAAAAUCGUAUUGCUCAAAUAUAACCAGCCAAUAGUGCAAGGCUGCGGAUGAUGAGACUGUCAGAGGCAGCAGAGAACCUCAAACGACAGGCAGCUGUAAGUGUUCAGACCGGAAGGGAAAAUGAUGCAAGACAACUGCUUUUCCAGAAGAAGAAGGUUAUGCAGGCUAUUGAUAGGUCAAAGGGUCGCAUUGAAUUGCUUGAUGAGCUUUGUGCAAAGCUCAAUGAGGCUAUCUCUAAGAAAGAAACCCAGCUGAUUGGCAAUCUUGCCUCAGAUCUCGAAGUUGAUGUGGAUGAUGCUUCUGGUCCGGUUCGUGUUGUAUCUCCCAAAGCUGCUGAAGGGUUCCCCAAUGGUUUAGAUGAUGCCAAAGACCUAUCUUCCAAUGGCAUGGAUAUCUCCCAUAUGCACAAGCCCCAGUCUUGUGGCAAUGGGAACUUUAAGCUGGGAUAUCUUGAUGUGGGUAUCUCAAAUGAGAAUCUUGAAAACACAGGGUUAAGUGGCAUAUCUUCUUACUAUGACUUCUUGGAGCACAUAGAUACACAGCUUAACAAGAUCGAAGCACAAUUAGUCACAGUCCUAAAUGUUUCUGCGUGGAUUCUGAUUAAAGAGAAGACACCUGAUAUUUCAGAAGUGAAGCAAACAGAAGAGCUUUUGUCCAGCAUUCGUGUUGUUCGACAGCAAGUUGCAGAGAUGAUGGAAGGUAAGGUGGAAAUCUGAGUCCCCACUAAGCUUUCAUUCUCCCUUGCUAGCAUGGAAGAGAAAUU